CCAACCUCCAAGCUUCAAACUUGGAAUGCAGAUGAGCCCAUGAGCCCGUGAGCGUGAGGGUGCUCCAACCCCCAUGACGUCGACCGACGACGCCGACGUGGCGCGCUUGACGGCCUUCGUGGCGCGCCUGGGCGGUGGUCACGCCGCGCGGAUCUUCCACCGGCGACAGGUGGGUCAGCUGUUCUUCUUCGAUGCGCUGAUGGUGGACCCAUCCUCUCAGGAGUCCUUUUUGGUGGAGUUGGUCACGUGCCACGAUCGUGAUCGAUCGAGAGAUGGCUUUCAAACGCAGCUGAUGUCAGAGAAGGAUGCCGAGAUGGCCUUGAAGGAUCUUCACGUGGGAGACGUGGUCGAGCUACUCACCUUCCACGCCCGGCCGGAGCUUCCUCGUGCUCCCUGCCAGCUGGCGUUGCAAGUGCAUCGACUGAAGUUGUUGGAGCCGUGGGUGCAGCUGGUGGGAAAGAUGGAGAAGCGAGAUUGGAUGGGCACAAAGUAUGCUUUUCACCGUCCCGUCUUCCACGACGCCAUCAACCAAUCCUGGUUUGAUACCUUGGACCAGCUGCACCUGCUGAAGCGCGAUGAGAAGCGGCAGAAAGCCGGCGACGGCCGCGGUCGCUACGAAGGAGAGGGCCAAGCUGAAGAGAACUGCGAGAGAGCAGCGACGCCGAACAGGAUGGACCGUGCAACUGCACACCUCGCAGAGGCUUCUCAUUGGGAAACCACUCGGCGCCAGCCCAAAGCUUUGGUGCAAUGCCACUUGCCGCAAGCGCAGCGGCUGGCAGACUAUCUCAAUGGGAAGAUCCUCUCCACCUGCACACGAGAUCGACUGGUGAUGUUGUAUCAUAGCGAGCAAGAGCCUGAGCGCGCUGGGCCAAAGUCCAUCUUCGAUGCCCGGCAUGCGAAAGUCUUGGAGGUGAAUGAGGCUCAGCCCUGCCACCUGCAGUCUGUGAUCCAAAGAGUCUACUUUGUGGACGCCAGACGGAAGGCCAUUAGCUUGAGGGACGUUUGCGCCCAAUAUCUCACGGAGCUCCUGGGGCCGGCGCCGGUGCCCAGCGGCUCGUUGUGGGAGCAGUUGCGGCGGAGGAGGAAUUUCAUGUGCUUCCCCGGUGAACUCGAAUCAGCCUUGAAGUCCACGGUGGAUGCCUCUCCUUGGCACUCCACAGCCAACGGCGCCAACGGCUAUGCGACCACGCCGGAAACGAAGGACGUUCUCUUGGACGGGCUGCAGCUGCCCAAAGACAGGUGUGACAGCAUCGUCUAUGCCGAUGGCCUCUUCUGGUGGAGCGCCAAUGUCCCACGCGCCAUCAUUCCGGCGAAGGACAACAGGUCGGUGCCCUCGAGCGCUUAUUGGAAGCUGCUGGAGAUUCUGGAUCGCUACGAGCCUUCGGAUCAUCACGAUUCUUCAGGCUCCCGGCGCGACAGCAAAGCACUGUGGGAGCGCUUUUCCAAGCGCCGCUUAGCGCUGGAUGUGGGCGCAUCGCCCGGUGGCUGGUCGUACUGUUUGGCCACCCAGCUGUGCAUCCAGCGGACCAUCGCCUGCGACCCCGCCGCCUACAUGCAUCCGGCCGUGCGGCGUUUGGUGCCCGAAGAGGAGGUGCGUGACGAGUUCGUUCAAGACUUCACCGAAGAAGAGCGGAAAGAGGAUCGAAAGCACUUGGAGCACCGGGCUGCCUGGGAGCAGGGACCGAGCGACGAGCACGGGCGGAUCUCCCAUUGGAGAAUGAGGGGAGCUGAUGCAUUGGACCAACUGUCGUCCCAGAAGCUCUCCAUCUUCGUUUGCGACAUGAAUGAUGCAUUAGAGGCUUCCUGCCAGCUGCUCUACCGGAUUGCCCGCGAAGGCCUCUACGAGCCGCCCUGCCUAGCUGUGGUGACCUUCAAGAACACCUGCCGAUCCAAAACCGAGUUCGAGGAGCGGAAGCGGGCGAUGCUCGCGCAGAUCCGCGCCGACAGGAUCUUGACCGAUGUUCAGGAGAUCCACCUGUUUGCCAAUACCCGGCUCGAGACGACCAUUGUGGGGCAGAUGCUGUGAGAAAAAGGAGCGACCAAACAUCCUGACAACGAAUUCAGGUGGUUUUCUCUAGACUCUACCCCCUUUCCUCACCCAAACCCUCCAAGUCAUCCAAAG